AUGGCGCCGCACGGAGGCAGGAAGAAGGGGAAGGGGAAGGGGCCGGACCGCCCGGGCAAGCCGGAGCUGCGUGCUAAUCGCAAGGCAUUCAAAAGGCACCAUAAGAAGGUGGAGAAGGGGGAUGGCAUAGAGGAGCAGGAGCAGCAGCCGGCGCCUCACUCCGCAGUCUUCAACGCUGCUGACGACGGAGAUUUCCCGGGAGGAGGACGCAGCCUCCUCAGCAGGGAUGAGAUGGCCGAUGCGCGUACAGAGGCUGAGUCAGAGUCCGACAAGGAGGAGAGGAUGGGAAAGAAGAAGAGGAACGCCAACGUCUCACUUGGAAUGGACGGUGACGGUGAUGGUGACGACGACUUGGGGACCCUUCACGGUGGUGCUACCCCUGGGAAGCUCCCACGCUUUGAGAAUCACGUAACCCAUAAGAAUAUCUCACCAAAUAUGAAGCUUUGGGGUGUCGUAACCGAAGUCAACCAAAAGGACAUUAUAGUAAGUCUAUCCGGUGGAAUGAGAGGGUUUGUUUGCACAGAGGAAGUUUCGGAUAUCGCUGUGCACGGAAAUAGCAAGGAUAAUGAGGACAGUUUAUGUGCUGAAGUUGUCCAUGUUGGUCAACAUGUUCCUUGCGUGGUUCUGCGAGUGGAUGAUGACAAGAAAGAAGAAAAAGUAAACAAACGGGUUUGGUUAUCAUUACGGUUGAGCCGAAUAUACAAAGGUCUUUCUCUGGAUGCUAUCCAGGAAGGAAUGGUACUCACUGCCCAAGUGAAAAGUGUUGAGGACCAUGGUUACAUUCUUUAUUUCGGAGUAUCCACCUUCAGCGGAUUUAUGCCAAAAGCUGACAAAGAAACUGUGAAGACUGAAUCCGGACAACUCAUACAAUGUGUCGUGAAGGCGAUUGAUAAAUCUCAUUCUGUUAUUCACUUGAGGACCGAUGAAGACUUGAUCUCUAAAUCUAUUAUUAAAGAUCUGAAAGGCCUUUCUAUUGAUCAUUUAAUUCCUGGAACUACGAUGAGUGCACGUGUUCAUUCAGUCCUUGAGAAUGGCCCAGAGGGACGAAAUAGGCUAUCCAACUGUGGACAGGGAAAUCCGGACAAGGCAAAUGUUGAUAUUGAUUCUAGCCUAUGGCUGUCAACACGCUUGCCUUGGAAAUGCAGCCUCUGUGAUAUUACUGCGAGUAGCCAGCAAAAUCUUGUGUUACAUGUUCAAGGCAAGAAACAUAAAGCAACAGCAAAAGCCUACUAUGCUUCUCAACCAGAUUGUUUGAAGGAUGAAGAAACUGAAAAAGAGUUGAACAGAGAUGUCGUCAAAAGAAAGAGAGCAGAUAGUAUAGCCUUGGAGGGGCUACAUAAUGAUGUGAGGUUCCAAGUAAUGCAACACGUUGUACGUGUGUGGUCAUUCGAAACCCACAUGUGUGAACAUCAUUAUAAAUCUUGUCACGGAAUAAUAGUUGAUGCUCAUCCAAACAAGAUUAUGAUUGCUGUUCAUGCUUCUAGUAUUGACCCAGAUGACUAUGACACUAUCCGUGUAUGUUUCCACGAUAGUGAGGUCAGGACUGCAAAGUUUCUUAUCAAUAAAACAAACAUGUUUCGGAUAUUGGAGGUAGAAGAGUCUGAGCACAAUUAUCAUGCUGUCAGCUUGAGUAACCAUAAGCUUGGAAGGGAAGAUGUUUCCGUAUUCUGGAACUUUGGCAAACCCGACUUGGUUGCCCGCAGCUGCUCCAUCAUUAACCCAAACACUGCAGCCAUCAUGAGCUCAACUGAUACUAAAAGCACAGUGAGGAGCAACUAUUUCUUUACAUUUGGCUGUAGAGACCAAAUCCAAUGGCUAUUAGGAGCUCCUGUUUUUAAUGACAAUGGUGUGUUUGUUGGCGCCGUGCAUGGUAACCAUCGCAGCAUUCAGUUUGAUGAUGAUGGCUCUGGAUCAGAUCUUAUUUAUGCGUGUCAUGCCAUAAGUUUUAUCCCAAAAUUGUUGAAGAAGAUAAAGGAUAAAUUGGAGGAGGCGGAAGAAAAGAAAAACGAGUUGAAAGUUAGGAGCCAAAAGAGAGGUCAUGGGCAGCAGGAGUCCGGUGAGCCUUGUGAGGAGCUGCAGCGGUCCAGAGAUGUCCAUGGGGGCAAAAGGUCACUCGUGCAAAGGUUGCGAUAACUAUCGCUUGAAAAGUUGUCAUGACCCAGUUGAAGGACAAAUCCAAAACAACAGGAAGAAAAAUGUCUUUUUUUUUUUGUUUCUUGCAGCAAGAGUUUGCCGCUUUCAUAAGAAUGAAAGUAUUUGGCUAUGCAAGAGAUUGCCCUCCUGUCAAUGUUAGUGAAACAUGAUUGCCAUUAUUUGGCUACAGAAGAGAAGCAUUUUUUUCCACAAGGAAGAGACCUGCUUAGCCACUUUGGAACUUCAUGAUUUAUAUCUGUCCAAAUGAAAUCUUCUAGGGAGUACUCUGUUCUUUCCAUGGGUUCCAUGGGACGGUCCAGCUGUUCAUUGUUUUUCUGUGUGAUAGGAUUAUUGACAUUUCUUUUUUUAUCCGAGAGCUCAUAAGGGUGUGUAUUAUUUGAGUGAUUGAUAAUUUUUGGAGAAUAGAGCUUGGUCUUGUCUGCCUUGAUAGUGAUUAUGAUUUAUGAGAGUUUGAACUGAAGCA